GAUACUACAGCAAGGAGCGGCGCAGCCAGCGCUCGGGGUCGACGGGACGCUGCUGCAGUCGCAAGACGCCUUCGCUUUUGGUGAGUCGCAAUCAGAAAAGCAAGCGAGGCAACAAGCUGCACAAGAGCAUCUUCAGGAGCAACAACCGAAGCGUUCCCUCGUCUCACGCGUCAAGGAUUUGUUCUUCGCAGGAGGUGGAGAUGAUGGCGGCACACAGAUUGUCGAUCACAGUGCUUUACCCGCGGCAGCCCCUCGAGCUUCUACUACGGCUGGUGGCCUCGCUGCCGCGUCUACUUCCUCGGG